GACGACGCCACCCCGCAGCAGCUCGUGCAAAAGCAUCAUCAGCUCGCUAGCUAGCAGCGGCAGGCAGCAAUGGCGUCCGCCAAGCUCUCCGCGCUGCUGGUCCUCGCCGUGCUCGCGCUCUCCUCCUCGCCGCGCGCCCUCGCGUGGGAGAAAGCCGAAACGGAGUGCGGCUCGUGCGAGAAAGGCACGCCGCCCGCGGCCGGCGGGCUCCCCUUGCCCCCCGUCACGGUGCCGUCGGUCCCCUUGCCCCCCGUCACGGUGCCGUCGGUGCCGCUGCCGCCAGUCGCCGUGCCGUCGCUCCCCCUGCCCCCGUUGCCGAAGCUCCCCGUCCCCCUCCCGCCGAUCCCGGUCAUCGGUGGGAGCCCGCCGAAGACGCCCGGCGGCCGGAAGGCGUGCCCGCCGCCUCCGACGCCGACGCCCGCGCCGUCCUCGGACAAGUGCCCCAUCGACGCGCUGAAGCUCGGCGCGUGCGUGGACGUCCUCGGCAACGAGGUGCACAUCGGCGACGCCAACGUCAAGUGCUGCCCGCUCGUGAAGGGUGUCGCCGGCCUCUCCGCGGCGGCGUGCCUGUGCACCGCCCUCAAGGCCAAGGUGCUGGACCUCUCCGUCUACGUGCCCAUCGCGCUCGAGGUGCUCCUCAACUGCGGCUGCGCCGUCCCGCCCGGCUACAAAUGCGCUUAAAUAUAAACCACCCCAUGCACGCGUGCACAGCAAAGGUCUCCUUUUUUCCUCCCUCGAGCAUGAAGUUUGAAAGGCCUCCUCGACGGAUUUGGGUGAUGAAGCCACACCACUCGCCUCCGGGUCGUUCAGCUAGUGCAUCAUUCCUUAUUUGAUUUGAUUUGCAAUAUAUUCUUGUUUCAUGUUUGUAUAUGCAUCUAGUGUCACCUCAAAUGUCAUCUGUAUUUUGUGUAUCUUGUAACAAACUAUAUUUGUUCCGAAUUCAAUUCAUGUUUGCACUGCUUCCUUUGU